AUGGCUGUCGUAAAUUUUCAUAUCAUUUUUUGUAUUUUAUUUAUAAGAAGCGGAUUUAUAGCAGACUACUAUUACAAUAUUUUAUCUUAUAUCGGAGUAGAAAGUGCUAAUACACUGACGUUAAUAAAGAUAGAUAAAGCUUACGAUUUACACAAACAAGUGUUUAAAAGAAAACAACAACUUAAUAAAGAGGAUUUUACCGUUCUUUUAGAAGCCUUAGUACUUAUGCUUAAAAUAUCUCCCCACGAUUUUAAACUGAUAAUUUUUGAUGAAUAUUUGGUAGAUUUUACUAAUAAAAGAUCUAUAAAGAGCGCUCAAUCGAUUUCUACUAAACGAAAAAAAAACUUUGAAUUUUUACAAACAAACUUUUUUAGCAAUUUUGAAUUGUAUUGCGACCCGCAAAAAUGUAAACUGCUCCUUUUCAUGACUCAAGAUAAUAAAGUUCAAAUAGGUAACAUUUUGUAUUUGACCUAUGAGACUCAUAUAUUGCUGUAUAAAUAUUUUUUAAAAGAAUGUAAAAAAUUUACUACAGAUGAAAAAUUUAUAAAUAUGGAAAAAACAUGUCUUGCUUUUUAUGGUAACGAUGUAUCAUACUUUCAAGUAAUGUUUUGUUAUUUAAUAAAUUUUAUUAUGACACAAUAA